UCCCCAGCAGCAUGUCGGGCCUCCCGAGGAGCUAUAACCCCUUCGCCGAGGACGAAGAGGCUGAGGCGGUGUCGCCGUGGUCGGCGAGCGGCGGCGGGGAGGCGGACGGCGCCUCGCGGCAGCGGUACCUGCAGCAGGAGGUGCUGCGUCGCUCCGCCGCUACCGCCGACAGCACCACCCGCUCCCUCUCGCUGCUGUACGAGUCCGAGCGCAUCGGCGUGGCCGCCUCUGAGGAGCUUGUACGACAAGGAGAGGCACUGAAGCGCACCGAGCAGAUGGUAGAUAAAAUGGACCAGGACUUGAAGACUAGUCAAAGGCACAUAAAUAGCAUUAAGAGUGUUUGGGGGGGCUUGGUGAACUACUUCAAAGCCAAACCUCCAGAGAACAAGCCAGAGCAGAAUGGAACGUCUGACUAUUAUGCUAACAGUAGGUUAAAAGAAGCCAUGAUGUCUAGUAAAGAGCAAGAGUCAAAAUACCAGGAAAGUCAUCCAAAUUUAAGGAAGCUAGAUAUAGACAAUGAUUUCAGCAAAACAGAUUCAGUUUCUUCAGGGCCAAGGGAUUCCUAUCCGAAGAACCAACACCUGCGUGCUUACCACCAGAAAAUUGAUAACAACUUAGAUGAGAUGUCUUCUGGGUUGAGUCGUCUGAAAAACCUAGCUCUUGGGCUGCAGACAGAAAUAGAUGAGCAAGAUGAUAUGCUGGAUCGGCUAACAAAAAAAGUAGAAACACUGGAUGUCAAUAUUAAAAGCACUGAUAAGAAAGUCCGACAACUUUAAAGCAUUUUUAGAUUUUUUUUUUUUCUUGUCCAGCAUCAGUUUUUGGAUGUCUCAUCUCAACCCAUCGCUUACAAAAUCUUGGACAGUAUCUGCUUCUCUUUGUUUCUUUUAUUGAUUUUGUUGUCAUUAAAAUUGCAUAAUCUUAAAUGCAGCUUAAUACCUUAACUUUCUUCUUCAUGGGAAGUGCAUGUUGAGUAAAAUCAGCAGUUGGGUCAAUGCUUUUGUGCUGGGUACCCCGUGCAAUUGUGUAACUGUGCGUCAUGUGCGUGGAGGAAUUUGCAACCUACAAAGCUUCAGUGUCCUUGGCCUGGGAGCCGUGAUGAGCAAAGUAACUGCAUUUUGCUUCUGUUUUGAGGAGGGGAUGGGGGAACAGAAUGUGCUUCUUCGUUCAGAGCAAAUGUUGCUGAUUCUGUUUACCUGCAGCUAUGUGAAGUUCUAACAAAAUGCCGAUUUCCAGCUGUAAAGAUAAUUUGAAGUAACUGCUCUCUGGCUUUCUGGGGCUUAAGGAAUGAACUGUUCUGUGGAAGUUGUAAAAUACCAAGGGUGUCAUGCAGUGAUAAUAUCCUGUGUGUGUGUUCGCUUUCCUGAGAUGACUUUUACCAAAUGGUGGCUCCACAAACUACGGUUUUAUAUUUGGGUCACUAAAUGCCAUCACCUUUACAGUGCUUUCAGUAAGUUCUCUAAAGGUAACUUAUGGUCUGCAAGAAAUGCUGACAGUGACUCCAAGUGUGAGUAACAAAAUCAGAACUUAAAUGUUCUGUGUAUGUGCUCUUAAAAAUUCUUUUGUAGAAAUUGUCACCAUUUGCAUUUUUAUUUCCUGCUCUUUCUCAGUUUAUUCAGUUAGGUGGGUAUUUGAAAAAUAGCUUCCAUUUGAGAAAUGGAGAGUUGGGCUGAUACUGCACAUACAGAUCAUAGGAGAUUGUUAUUUGAGUUCACGUUUAUUACAAAUGUGAUUAGGGAUUGAGCAGAUGUUGCAUUUUCCUAAGUAAUGUGACUGGUUUUAAGGAACUCGGGUAUGGUUCCCAUACUUCCUUGUUAGCUUAGCAGGUAUGAAAAGUUCCUGAAAAUGAAGAACUCAAACAUUUUGAGUCUUCCAGAUAGAAGUUUGGCCUUGCACUUUGUUUUAUUCUUGUAUUAACUAUCACUGUAGAACAAAAUAAUUACAAUUCCAUCCCAGCCUGAAGACAUGACAAUGAGAACUUGCUGUCUGGAAAACAAGGAAGUUAUUUUGGUUUGGAGAGGCCAAGAGACCUGUAUCAGUAUUGCAGCACUUGCUAUCAAGUGACAGAUUGUGGCUAAGGAGAGAUAGUUACUUUUAUUGAGUUGGUGCCAUGUUAUCUUGUGAAUUAAAGGAAGACCUUGGUGUUCAGGGCUAUCAAGCUUGUAACCUUCAUGAACACCACAUUCACACCCUCCCCUUUCCUCCUCCGCCCCCAAGGAAUUUGUUACCUUGAGCUCACUUGCUACAGAGUGAACCCAAUAGUUGAGAUGAAAGAAAACUUGAGCCUUUCUUGUUUUCCUGUGUCUCUUGAGACUUCACUUGUAAAUCACUAAAAAUGCUACACUUCUUGGACAUAGUUUCUUACUAAAGAAACUAUUUCUGGGAUUUCUACCAAAGAAGAGUUGUGAAUUAAAGUGAGCCCCUGCUUCCCCUUAUGGUACUGAUGUCAUUCAUUUAGGUCUCUAAAAAAAUGUUUUGCAGGGACAUAAAACUUCAGCUUUUGAGUACCUUGUGAGCUUACUGAAUACCUUUAAUUGAUUUUAAUUUUUCACUGUCAUUUAUGCUCAUUUGGAACCAUAGGAAACCUUAUUAAUAUGAGUGUAUCCUCUAACUUUUUUGGGUGUAUACCAUGACUAAUUCUCUUUUACUCUGUUAAAGUAUUUAUGAAUUCUGUGAUUGGUGUUGAUGGCUGAUACUUUUUUUACUACUUUUUUUUUUUUAGCAAAUGAUACAAUCAUUACUUUCCAAAAUACCUCUGUGAAAGAAUAUUGAAAUUUGGAUUAUACCUGGUUUAGUUUAGUUGACUUUCUCCUUUUAUUAAAAGGGUGAAGAGGCUUGUAUUUUUAAUGCUGAGUAACAAAAACACUUGCAUCUUGGAAAGGAUGUCUAAAUUCUUUCCAUAAGAGAGAAUAUAAAAAGUUGCCUAAAAAUGUAUAACACCUUGUAGUGUGAAAUCUGCUGUCACCUGUAUGGAACUACUGUUUUCCAAAGUAAGACUUUACUAACUAGGAUGUAUGCUGAGACUUCUGAUUGCAUUAUGGUUAAUGGAGGAGAAGUAUAGCUGGAGGAUCUAGUUAUGCAUAAUAAGAAAUACAGAGCUUGAAUCCAAGCAGGUUUGUUUUUAUGUAAGAGUGAAGUGUGCUGCCUUUCUGGUGUAAGCUCUUCCAUUCCUUUAGUCUAAAUUAUUUCACAAAGCAAAGUUGAUUUUUUUGGUGAACUCUUGUAUUAGCCUUGUGAAAUGUUUACUGCAUCCUGGAUACCUUUGAUGCCUUUAAAAACAUAGGCAGGGAAGGGAAAAUAAAAAAAGCCCUAUUUCUGCUUUGAGAACCUCAUCAUCCAAGCAGAACAUCAGGAUUUCAGCCAUGUGGAAGUUAUACAGAUGUCUAACUUCUUGUCUCUUCCAGCAGUCCCAUUCACUGUAUCGGUUGUAUAUGUCUCUGCUGAGGCUUUCCUGCCCUAUUUGUUGUUUUUUUUUUUUUUAAUGGCCUUGUUUUAAAGGAUUAUUUCCCAUAUUGGAUUUCUUUCAGGGGGAGGGCGGGGGGGAAUGCUGUAGAUUGUGCAUGGAUAUAACUUAAUUUCUGCUACAAAGUGAAUUUCUUUUCUCUGCUUUCAUGCAGAUGCUCUAUGCUGAUAAAGCAGUUAAGUCUAAUUGACAUAGAGAUACCACUGUCUUAGACUAGCGAUUAAGUUUUUUGCUUGUUAGAAUAACUUUCCAUCAUGCACAAAGGGGAAGUUUAAACUAAAAACACCACCUGAUUUUUGCCUUUCUAGGAAACGUCAUUUUGUACCUGUUAGGAAGAACUUAGGUCAGUAGCUUUUCUUAUUAGAAAAGUUUUCUUACUAGUAACACUAGAUAGUCUUAUUUCUUCUUGGAUACUGCUGAGAAACUUAUCUUGUGUAGGGUCUAGGACUUUCAGUGGAACUACAAUUUGCACUCAAGUACUAACCUGAUAAGUAAUUUUGCCUGAAUAGUCGCAUUGGGCAUAGAAAUUGGUGCCCUUGCAUUAAAAUAGCUGUGGUUAAUUCAUUCUUAUUUGCUUGAGUAGAAGUUUAAUAUUAAGGUCAGAAGAAGUCAGUAGGAAAAAAAAUACAGCCUUUAUAAAAGGCAGUUUUCUUGCUUCAAGUGGCUUGCUAAUAGAUUUUGAAGAGGUUUUAAACACCGGGAAGUAGCAUACCCUUCAUAACAUAGAUAUAAGACACUAGAAACAGCAAACAAAAAAGGGGGAAUAGCCAGUAUCUGACUCUUAGCUGUAUCUGAUUUUUAAGUUUCCUGAGGAUUGAGUUAAAUAUUGUAACAACUGAUGUGUGGCUGAAUUUGUACUACAAAGGUCUGUUGCUGUGCUGAACUCUACUGGCCUACUGAAAUCACUGGGACACUAUGAAUCAGGUUGGGUUUUUCCAAUGUGUGAAAUUCAUCUGAAAUAUUUUGCUGCCUUGUAGUUUUGUGAUGUCAUUUGUUAAAUGGUGAAAUAGGAAACACUUGCCAACCACUCUGCCUUCUGAACAAAAGAAGUUUUGUAGGCAUUUUUACAAGCAUACCAGGGUAUGUGUUAAUUUUUACUUUGAAACGUAGGGGCUUAUCUUCAAAAUCACAGGUAGCGAUUAUUUGUGUCUGGCUUUUUUAAAUACUACUUUAAUUCUGUGCCACCCAGGUAUAACACUUUAUACAUGUCAAUUUAAAGUAUCUGUUAUUUAAAUGCUUAACUGGGCUGUAGUUCAGCAAUUUAGGAAAUGGAUUAAGUGUUGAAUGUUAGACUGUCAAUAAAGGUGCUUAUUGUUAA